CUGAAGCGACAUGAUGCAACGCUGAAUGACAUGCCAAGAGACGCAGCCAUAAAUCCGUAGCCGUUUCGGCUCAAGUCGUCUGGCGCCAGCGGCGCUGGCUCAAGGGUUCGAACUACCGCACUCUAUUCUCAAAGGGCUUGCAUAUUCUCGUCGACCCUCGAGAUGCGGAUUCUGCGCGUUGCCGCGGUGCUUGCGCUUGUCGACCCGAGCACAGAUGCGCUCAGUGGCCGCCUGGACAGCAAGACGAUGAAGGCGGAUCAGCUGGAGGACGACGGCCCCGGGACCUACCGCGUCGUCUCCGCUGGGCCCACCCUGAAGUCGCUGCCCGUGAGCAAGGACUACGCCCGCACGAGCGAGAAGGUGGGGGAGGUGGCGGUGCAGCAGGAGGUGACCGUCCUGGAGGUGGCCGCGGAGCUGAACGACGGCAGGCGGCGAGCGCGCAUCGCGGAGCCCGCCGGCUGGAUCACCGUGCUGGCCACCAAGAACAAUUUCCGCUUUGCCGUGAAGAAGUCGGAUGUGGGGAGCAAGAGCGAUGGCAAGGCAUUUUCCAACCCGUGGGUCGCGGCGAAUGCCAAGAACCUCUCGGUGAAUCAUUUGCAGCUUGACGGGAAGCCAGAGGAUCUCACCGCGCUCGUCACAUUCGCCGGGCAGAAGAAAACGGAGUACCUCGACGCGGCGGUGAUGCUCGCACAUUCCUUGAAGAAGCACGCCCCAGGCUAUCCCCUAGUGGCCAUUGCCAUCGAGGGCAUGAAGCCGGAGCACCAGAAACAGCUCACAAACGCUGGUUGGCAGCUGGUGUUCGUGGAGAAUUGGGAGGACGAGUAUUGCCAACAAGAUUGCAACCAGGAGUUCAUGAAGCGGUGGCAUGAUAGUUUUGAAAAGAUCAACAUCUUCAGGCUCGGAUUUGGCAGGGUGCUCUUCUUUGAUGCCGACACCUACGUGUUCAGCCCCCGGAUCAAGGAAUUGUUGACCGGGACCAGGUUAAAGAAGGGCCACAUCGCCAUGGCUCCCGAUGGCUGCAAGGACGAGUAUAAUAGCGGGGUGAUGCUAUUCCGUCCCAGUGUGAACAUCUUCACCCAGAUGCUCGAGCUGGUCGUUACCCGUAAGCGCGAGCAGAUCUUGGACCAGAACAUCAUCAACGCUGCGUACGCUGGUAAGAUCAUGGAACUGGACCGGGAGUUCAAUUGUGUGGAUAUCAUGGGUAUUCAACCAGGCAUGGCAGAAGAGUGCUCGCAUAAGUGCAGCGCCGGGGUGGUCGUUGCGCACUUCACGGGGCACCCCAAGCCGACCGCCGCCAAGAGGCGGCUACUGGCGAUGGUGCGCCGGCCGGAGUCUCCAGAGACCACCUGCAAGAACACGAACUUCGGGUCGUGCAAGUCAUGGUCCCAGUAUUACUGUGACAUCCGCACGCACAAGAAGACCCUGUCGAAGAAUUUGCAGGGCUGGCUCAAGGGCACUGGGGAGUGCUGCCACACCCCUUUCGACCCGCAGAAGGACGACGAGUCGUGCAAGAACUGCCCGUCUCAGAUGCGGAUCACUGGGGCAGCGCCGUUCCCAGAAGCCGCUACGGGCGUGUUCAUGAAGAGCAGCAUCGAGCCCACGAAGUACAACGGCGGCAAGCCGGUCUACGUGAAGGCUGGAUCGGAGGGUCAACCUAUCUACCUCUAUUACGUGCAGAAGCAAGUAUUGUGGAUGAUUGGUACGGACUUCCAGAACAACAGCCCGUACGCGUUUGCUCAAGUUGAUGCAACGUGCCCCAGAGAUGUGGGGAAGUGGAACUCUAUUGUCAACGGACAGUGGACAUGGGUCAAGGAUGUGCUUGUGAAGACAGAAGUCUCGGCCAACGCAACGGAGGCUCCCAUGUUAUGGGACAUUGAGCGCCGAGCUUGGGUGCCAGAUCACGGCAAGCACGCUACUUUCGAAGAUGACUUCGAGUGAGUCGGAUUUCUUUGAGUUUGAGUUCGAGUGAGUCCGUUUCUCGAACGUUCCCUGAGGACCGCAUUCCUGCGAGUGAGAAAACCCUAACUCAAAUCGGCAGCAUGAUGAAGCAUAGCUCCCACCAUCCAGUAGGCACAUCCCAUAAGAAACCAGCCUGCCUGCUGGGUGCCCCGCGGAAUGUGUGUUAUCCCCCGAUUGCGCCUGUGACCCAGAGAAGCACUUGAGCACCCUAGGAAGCUCAAAGACCGACGUCGAGUGCGCACCUGGAUUCCUUAUGGUACGAUGUCUUAUCGUAUGCACCUACUGUAAUGCUGCGAGACACGGGUAGACAGUGUAUACGGCGAGCGUUGCAAGCCAUGGUGGAUUCUCGAUGCCCGUCGAGCACAUGGCGCAGGUGGCCCAUGGGACUCUCGCCGCUCAGUAUUUGGCUUCUGAGCGCAGGGUUGAUGGUUGACUCCUGCUGGUCCUCCUCCUCGUCCU